AUGAAUGCGAUGUUUGGGGUGUAUAGCGCGAAGGACUUGGCCCCGGCUCUGCUUAAAGCAGAUAGAGGGGAGCUAACAAACAAAGCGCUGCGCCUGUACGUCGCUGCGCUCGCCCGAGGGGACCCCAAUGCGAAGACACUGCUGGCUGACGAUGGGUCACAAGAGGAGACAGAGAGAAAGGCUGCAGAGGACUUGCAGCAGCUGUUGAAACAAAAACAAAACUUUCCCUCUUCGUCACACUCAACCGUCUCGUCGAUUUCAUACCCGUACUGCUGCACCACACGCUGCAGCAGCAGCAGCAGCAGCAACAGCAGCAGCAGCAACAGCAGCAGCAGCAGCAGCAGCAGCAACAGCAAGCAGCAGCAGCAGCAGCAACAGCAGCAGCAGCAACAGCAGCAGCAGCAGCAGCAGCAGCAACAGCAGAAGCAGCAAGGCGGCGAAAGAAACACAAUGGAAGCAGUUCAUGCGAUAGCAGCAGCUGCUGCAGUAGCAGCAGCGACACAGCUGCAGCAGCAGCAACAGCAACAGCAGCAGCAGCAGCAGCAGCGGCAGCAACAGCAGCAGCAGCAACAGCAGCAGCAGCAGCAGCAGCCGCAGCAGUGCAUGCAUUACCUCUCGAAUACGCCUUGCUAUCUCAUCCUCAGGCCCCCCGUGUGGUAG